AAGGCACCACCGGAAGCGAAGAACGUGCUGUGUAAUCUCUGAAAAAUUGAAGUACUUGGUUCUCCCAAAAAUGCCGGAUUACCUGGGUGCAGAUCAGCGGAAAACCAAAGAGGAUGAGAAAGACGACAAGCCCAUCCGAGCUCUGGAUGAGGGAGAUAUUGCCCUGCUGAAAACUUAUGGUCAGAGCACUUACUCCAGGCAGAUCAAGCAGGUUGAAGAUGACAUUCAGCAGCUGCUCAAGAAAAUUAAUGAGCUCACUGGUAUUAAAGAAUCUGAUACUGGCCUAGCCCCACCAGCACUCUGGGAUUUGGCUGCAGAUAAGCAAACGCUUCAGAGUGAACAGCCUUUACAGGUUGCAAGAUGUACGAAGAUAAUCAAUGCUGAUUCAGAGGACCCAAAAUACAUUAUCAAUGUGAAGCAGUUUGCCAAGUUUGUGGUGGACCUCAGUGAUCAGGUGGCACCUACUGACAUUGAAGAAGGGAUGAGAGUUGGUGUGGACAGAAAUAAAUAUCAAAUUCACAUUCCACUGCCUCCUAAGAUUGACCCAACAGUUACCAUGAUGCAGGUGGAGGAAAAACCUGACGUCACAUACAGUGAUGUCGGUGGCUGUAAGGAGCAGAUUGAGAAAUUACGAGAAGUAGUUGAAACUCCACUACUUCAUCCAGAGAGAUUUGUGAACCUUGGCAUUGAGCCUCCCAAGGGUGUGCUGCUCUUUGGUCCACCGGGUACGGGAAAGACACUCUGUGCUCGGGCAGUUGCUAAUAGGACUGACGCGUGCUUCAUUCGAGUUAUCGGAUCCGAACUUGUACAGAAAUACGUCGGUGAGGGAGCACGAAUGGUCCGUGAACUCUUUGAAAUGGCCAGAACAAAAAAAGCCUGCCUUAUCUUCUUUGAUGAAAUUGAUGCUAUUGGAGGGGCUCGCUUUGAUGAUGGUGCUGGAGGGGACAAUGAAGUGCAGAGAACAAUGUUGGAACUGAUCAAUCAGUUGGAUGGUUUUGAUCCUCGAGGCAAUAUUAAAGUGCUGAUGGCCACUAACAGACCUGAUACUUUGGAUCCAGCAUUGAUGAGGCCAGGGAGAUUGGAUAGAAAGAUUGAAUUUAGCUUGCCUGAUCUAGAAGGUCGGACUCACAUCUUUAAGAUUCAUGCUCGUUCAAUGAGUGUUGAAAGAGAUAUCAGAUUUGAAUUGUUAGCACGACUGUGUCCAAAUAGCACUGGUGCUGAGAUACGAAGCGUCUGCACAGAAGCUGGUAUGUUUGCAAUUAGAGCACGGCGAAAAAUUGCUACUGAGAAGGACUUCUUGGAAGCUGUAAAUAAGGUCAUUAAGUCUUAUGCCAAAUUCAGUGCCACGCCUCGCUAUAUGACAUACAACUGAGUCCAGAAGGCUUUGAAAUGAAAGUACUUCUUUUGGAAUCCUAACCUUAUCUUGACUUGUUAAUAACCACUUUAGACAUAAAAUAAAUAGCUUCAAAUUGUAUGUUUUCCAGAUCUCUUUACUCUGUAGUAUAGAUAAAGAUGAUAUCUAAUGUUAUUAGACAGAAAAGCUUGUUUGAGUGUUUAACUGUUUUUUGAUUCACUACCAUUUAGGGAUUGUGUAGCAUAUAAAGUACAUGCUUACACUAUGAAUGUUUUAGGGAUGUGCUAGCUGGGUGCUAUGCGUGUAUUAUCUCAUUGUAUCCGCCUAGCCACCCAGUGAGGGGGAUCAAUGGAUCUUGAUCCAAUGGAUGCUAAAACUUUCCACCUAAUUUACUUGUAGUGGCAGAACUGGGUUUCAGGUUGAAGUUCUAUAUUUCCAUUAUCUAUAGCCCUAUUGUGCUCUUCUCAUCAGAAGCACAUCUAGGUAUAAGACCAUAUGCAUUACAAUAGUUUUUCCUGCCAUGAUGUUGAAUAACAAAGCUUUGGCUGCACCCUUGUUUAAGUAGAAGUGGAAGAAAUAUUUGAUGUAAUAAGUUUUGCUAUGCUUUUUUAACUGAUUUCAAAUCAGUCAAGACAAAUUGGAGAUUUUAGUGAAUGGUGAAAUGAUGCAGGUAAAGCAGAAAAAAAUUAAUUUAGAGGAUCCAGAAUUGGCUUCAUACAGAGAAGUAAUUAUUUUCAUUUUAUAAAUUAGUGGUUUAAAAUUUUGGUAAUACUCCUAUUAGACUUAUGUUUUACAGUAAGAUAUUUUUAAAAUAAAGUUUGUUUUAGAAUCCUCA